CCUGUCAUCUGAAAGGGUAAGAAAUCUUGUGCACUUGAUCAGCGAAUAGCAUAAUAAAUUAUGGCAUUUAAUUUGUUUUCUUGCAGCUCAUUCCGCUCAAGUUGAACGUGACUAACAACUCAUUGUUCAGUUCUUGCCAAGUGAGCACUUUCACUUCUCCAUCUGGGAAGAAGUGUUUUGUAAAGCAGGUUUCUGCUUCCCACUGGUUAGACCUACACAUUUUGACUUUUGUCACGACAGUGGGGAGUUUUAUAUGUUGAAAUAUAUAAAAGAUAAAUCCGAUCUCCGGCUCUUGUAGGUGCACAAUCUUGAAAAUAGAACAGUUUCCAUGUGGACCAGCGAUGCACUGUCUGCCCGGAAAAAGUUUGCAGCUGGCUGCAGACAUGCUGUAAAAAUGUGUCACCAUUUCCUUAAACCAGUGAUCAAUUUUCACUACGGCCGUGUUCGCAUCUGUCUAAAAUGUUUCAAGAUUCGGUUCCCGAAAUGUUCACUUCUUCUUUCUGAGUCUUCGUCAUCUAGUGGUAAAGAUGUGAAAAGGGUUUGUCUGACGUGCUUAUGAGUAGAGUGUGUUGUCUUCACUCUUGGAGGGUUACUGGUGUUCUACUGACUUCUACUUAACUGCAAAUAUGAAUCAAUAUGAGACAGCCACAGAAGAUUACUGGGAUUUCACUGAUGAAAAUGACACCAUGUCCCCAGAAACAAGUGGGGUAAGCGCACAGCCAUGCCCUCAGGAAGACAGCUAUGGUUUUGCACAGAAGUACUCCCCCACUGUUUUCAGCCUUGUGUUUGUCUUGGCGUUUGUGGGCAACGUUCUGGUGCUGUGUGUGAUCAGACGCUACAGAGUCUCACAGAGUGGUGGGGCCUGUGCCUUCUCUCUGACAGACACCUUCCUCCUUCACCUGGCCAUUUCUGAUCUCCUGCUGGCAUUCACCCUGCCUCUGUUUGCAGUGCAGUGGGCUCACGAAUGGGUGUUCGGCCUGACUAUUUGCAAAAUCUCCGGAGCCCUCUUCUCCCUGAACCGCUACUCUGGCAUCCUCUUCCUGGCCUGCAUCAGCUUUGACCGGUACCUGGCCAUCGUUCACGCUGUCAGCUCAGGCUGGAAACGCAACACCUGCCACGCGCAGUUUGCGUGUGCCGUCAUCUGGGUGGUCUGUCUAGGACUGAGUGGAGUGGAGAUUGCUUUCAAACAGGUGGAGUUGACAACUAUCGGCAGCAAGAAGGUGCCCAUAUGCGUGCUGAUGUUUACUGAUAACUCCACCCAGUGGCACGUAGGAUUACAGUUGACCUUUUUGAUUCUGGGUUUUGGGCUCCCCCUGCUUAUCAUGCUCUACUGCUACAUCCAGAUCUUCAGGUCUCUGUGCAAUGCCACUCGCCGCCAAAAGCGCAAGUCCCUGCGCCUCAUCAUCUCCUUGGUGUCUGUGUUUGUCAUCUGCUGGGCACCAUUCAACUGCUUCCAGAUAGCAGAUAGCCUGUACAGGCUGGGUGUGGUGCAAACUUGUGAGUUUGGCCACGCAGUGGAUAUCGGGACUGUGAUCACUGAAAGUGUGGGGCUAACUCACUGCGCCUUGAAUCCUCUCCUGUAUGGCUUUGUAGGGGUAAAGUUCAGGAGGGAACUAGUCAGGAUGUGUAAGGGCCUGCUGGGACAGAGAGGCUUUCUGGGGAUGGAAGGGUGGAAGGAGAGGAGGCUUAGGAAAAGCACAGGAUCAUUCAGUUCUGCAGAAAGUGAAAACACUUCUUUCUCUGUCAUGGUGUGAUACUUCUAAGAGACUUACCACAAGCAGAGGAAGAUAUAAGUGUGCGGUUUUUGUGUGAGGCUAGAAGUUGGUCUGAAAGUGUAUAGUAAACUGUAGCAAAUGGAGUCAAAACUAUUAAAAAUGCAUCAAGACUUUAAAAAUGUUCUCAAAGCAGUAAGGUUACUGCCUGUUACAUUGAUGCUUUGACAUCUACUUGUUUAUGUAGUGCAGCUUAAGAACAAUAUUUGGUUAGUUUUUUUUUGUACACAGUGAAAGAUGAGAAUCAAUUGCCACUUCCCCCUCGCUGAUGGUGUUGCCAAAGGUUUCACAUUGACACAUUGAUUGUUGUGUCCAUAGGUCACAUCUUGUGAAAUCAGUUUUUUUUAUACUCCUAAAAAGCUUGUUCAGCAGUUCAGAGACAGACUGUGGCUUCGCUUCUGAGAUGCGUGCCAGAUUUCACUCGUGUUUCCCAUAAAUUUAUGGGAAACAUUUUCCCUCAUGAAACUGUAAAAAUGACUGUAUAAAUGUUUUUGCUUCUUUUUACCAUGAUAUGUAUAAUGUUUUUUUUGUGCAGUACUGUGUGCUACAAAAGUGGAAAUGCCAGUGACUCAUCUUAAAAUUUGUAUGUUACAUUGAAAUUCUUUAAAAUUUUCAAAUAAAUGCAAAAUGUCA